GGCGCUCAGCCUUCCGCACUGCCUGGCGCCGCCUCGUCUACGCACAGCACCGCACACGCUGCAUCGGCGCCACCACACACCCACCUUGCUGCCGCCGCGCCGGGCGCCCGCCCGCCAUGCAGUCGGUGAACCGCCUGCUCUUCGGGCCGACGCCCGAGGAGCGCAUCAAGACGGUGCAGUCGCAGCUGCGCACCGAGCAGCGCCACCUCGACCGCGAGGUGCGCCAGCUCGACGCCGCCGCCGCCAAGGCCAAGGCCGAGGUCAAGAAGCUCGCCAAGAAGGGCGACGUCAAGUCGGCGCGCAUCCUCGCGCGCGAGGUCGUGCGCAGCAACAAGCAGAAGAACCGCCUCACGACGAGCAAGGCGCAGCUCAACAGCAUCGGCAUGCAGCUGCAGCACCAGCAGGCCAUGUUCAAGGUCACGGGCGCGAUGCAAAAGUCAACAGAGAUCAUGAAGAUCUCCAACCAGCUCGUGAAGCUGCCCGAGAUCUCCAAGGUGAUGCGCGAGAUGGGCAUGGAGAUGACCAAGGCCGGCAUCAUGGAGGAGAUGCUCGAGGACACGCUCGACUCGGGCGUGCUGGGCGAGGACGAGGGGCUGGAGGAGGAGGCCGACGGCGAGGUGGACAAGGUGCUCUUCGAGCUCACCGACGGCAAGCUGGGCCAGGCGGCCAGUGCCGGCGCGCUGCCGGACCUCGUCGGGCCCGAGCCGGUGCGUGCGCCGCAGGAGGAGGAGAGCGAGCGCGAGGACAUGGAGCGCAUGCAGGCUGCACUCGACGGCCUGCUGCGUGGCUGAGCACUGGUGCUGCGAUCACGGAAGGAGCGGCGAGGCCGCCGGCCGUGCUGUACUUGUACGAAUAGAUUGGCUUGGACGCGUUGCGAGUCCGGGCAAGUGGCGAUGUACAGGCCCUGGAGCGGCGCUGCGACUGCAC